CUUGCAGCGCUCACGCCACACCGCGCGUCGACCCGCCGCUUCCUCACCUCGUCUGCCUUCGUCGCCACCUUCUGCGCCGCCAUCCUCACCGUAUCCGUCUCUGCGUCCACCGCGCUGCCGUGUCCCGCGCGCGCAGGCACCGCCCACGUGUCCAUCGCUGCCGAAGACGAGCACGGACAGCACACGCACCGCAGUGUGCGCGAAGCGAGUGCAGGGAUUGGCGAGAAGGUUAGGCUUACCAGGCGCGGCGGCUGGAUCGAGAUCGAG